UUGAUGUUUCUUUGCCUCUUUCGUCUUUCUUUGUCUCAGAAAUAAUAAACUUUUACGUAAUCGAAUCCCCUUCUUCUUCUCCAGACCCCACAGUCUGGUUGCAGAUCGCCGCCGAGGCAAAAAGAGAAAUCGAUGGUUUCAUUCAUACAGAACUAUAAAUUCAUUGCCUUCGCUUUUCCUUUUCCUAAAUAUUUUCUGGGUUAUAUUAGAAACUGAUUGUUUACCUUCCGGAAGUUACAAUUUUUCUAGGGUUUCAUCUGUUCUUGUUCCUGUGUCUUAGUGUUAUAGCUUUGAUCCUGUUACCUGAUAUUAGCUAGUGAUGAUCUUAUAUUUGAAUUCGUCUCCAUGAAACUUUUUAAUUUAUUGAGUUGUAUGCCUUCCUAUGUUGAAUUUUGUUUGAUUUUAUACUGUUUGUUUGUUGCAAUUGAACUAGAUUAGCUGUUUAUUCAUCUUGUUGUUUGGGUUUUUCUUGUUUGUGGAAAUUUGAGAAAAAAAAUUGAACUGGUGAAUUCUGUAGGGAACUUCUAACUUUGAGAGGUUGUUUUGAAUAGAAAAGGCACUAUAUUGUGAACCAUGGGAACCCCGGAAACUUCGCGGGAGCCAUGCCCUGAUCGAAUUCUUGACGAUAUUGGUGGUGCCUUUGGUAUGGGUGCUGUUGGAGGUGCAGCCUUCCACUUCUUGAAAGGGACAUAUAACUCUCCUAGUGGUGCUCGGUUGAUCGGUGGAACUCAAGCAGUGCGUAUGAAUGCUCCUCGUGUCGGAGGUAGUUUUGCUGUUUGGGGCGGCCUAUUUUCCACAUUCGAUUGCACUAUGGUGUACCUCCGACAGAAAGAAGAUCCUUGGAACUCCAUUAUAGCCGGGGCUGCAACUGGAGGGUUUCUUUCAAUGCGUCAAGGGCCCGUUGCUGCUUCCAGAUCAGCAAUUUUCGGCGGCGUGUUGCUUGCCUUGAUUGAAGGGGCUGGUAUCAUGUUGAAUAAAGUUCUCAGUCAACCACAGAUGCCUAUUAUGAUCGAUGAGCCAGCUCCCAGUGUAGGCGGAAUGCCCAGAUAUCCGAUGGGACAAUUGCCAAACCAACCCCCUGCAUCAAUUGAUAGUUUUAGACACGAUUCAUCUCCGCCGCCGCCACCACCAUCGACGUCAUCGUCCUCGUCUAACUCUUUCUCUUCGUGGUUCGGAGGACUUUUUGGUGGAAAGCAGGAACCAGCAACAGGUAGCGGAAGUAAAACCGAGGUUUUGGACAGCUUCGACGCUCCUCCCGUCCCAUCAUUCGAAUACAGAUAAGGCUGUUCCCAUCCCAUUUUGUCACUGUUUUUCAGGUUUCAAAUCGUGAUCGCGUUUUCAGUUAUUUUAGAUUUACCGUGAUUGCGGCCGUCGCGGGCGCUAUUGCGCCCGUCGUGGGUAACUCGGACAGCGGCGAAACUACUAUAUCGCGGCCGAAAUCACGGUCGCGAACUAUUUUUAAAACCCUGUUGUUUUCUUUUGUUCCCAGCACUUUGAAGUGUGUCGACUUAUGAAGCUUGCAUUUUA